AUGACAAGAGACACUUUCCAAGCCGUCAGUCGUCGGAUCGAGGACGAACGUCGCACCAAAUACUGCGGUACGGCAAGUAUUGAAGUAGCAUCCUUACUGUUCCAGGACGGCUCGUUGCAGAAAACGAAGUUAGGCAAGCAGUCAUGCGACUCACUCAAACGCAUUUAUCGCGAAGAGCGUGGUUGUCGUCGAGAGGAUAGCCGGCACCAUGCAAAAGCCAUCAUCUCACAGGGGGCGCUUGAGGCGGCAAUGGUGAAUUCGGAAUUAUCGGCCGCGGAUUUGUUGGCUGAAACUUUGCCGUAUCCCCAGCUAUUGCUGCCAGAGAGCAUCAAACUCGAGUGUAUUCAAGGGUGUGAUCGUCUUGCCGCAGCUGAUGAGGUCCUCCGAGGCGAGAACAAACGCUGGGUGGUGGACUUGUUCCUGGAUGAUCUGAGUGAAGAGCUGAGGCGAAUGCUAGUCGAGGAUUACGACUACCAGAAGCGACCAGACGACGGUGAGAUUUUCGUCAAGAUUCGCGAGUAUCAAGGCGUUCGCGGCGACCGAAAUCCGUUCUUCGAGCGGCUGUGGCUUGGGCGGCUGGCCGUAUCGGAGAAUCGUCGGAAAAACUUUGAUCAGCUGUGUCGGCACAGGGAAUUCGCCGCAGCGUUUGAUGCAUUGUUGGACAUCCCCGCAUUGUUUGGAGGGUUCCGGUUAUCCGUUGUACACCAAUUAAUAUCAAUGAGGUGCGACGAAUCAAACAUUUACUACCUGCGGGAGCGCAUGUAUAUGUGGUGGCACGACAUUUGCGGCGGAGACCUUCAGACUAUGCGUCAAAUUGAUAGACCAACCGUCGACGCGCUACAGGGUAAGGCACCAGGAGCAUACAGUGCUGACUAUGACGAACUGUUCGAGAAGCUCAGCAGCGGCCGGAUAUUCAGCGCCUUUUCGCAAUCGCAACGCGAAGUGCUUUGGUCCAACGUCUGCAAAAACUCUCAGACAUUCCAGAUACCGUCACUCUACACUUUUUUCGAAGAUCGCAAGUACCUCGCCCGCGCAGCAGACUGCCUAAAACGGCUUGUUGAUGUCGGUCCGCGGGACACUGUAGUUGGACGCCUUGAGGACUCUUUUACCGACAGAAACCAGCAAAUUGAUCGGUGCAUUGUUCAGACCUCAAGUGCGUCCUUUGCAUCUAUACCAGGAGAUGUAGGGGUUCGCGUUGAUCUCGGCAUCCGCCACCUCUGGCUGGCUGCACUUCGUGUCUACCAAGAGCUGCCUGCUGACCCGCGAAAGAAAGAUCUCCUUGCCAAAGCACGAGCUACGGCCGAUGAUACCACCUUGCACGAGCUUGCAUCGCUAGCGCACCGGAUUGGCUUCGAAUCGGACAGGAUAGCCGAGAUCUUGAGCAACACCCCCGAUCGACAGAUCGCCGAGAGGGCGCUUUUGGCCGCUCGAAAACCUGGAAAAUAUCGGUAUGACACCAAGGAACGGUGUGUUCAGCGAAUAACCGACAUAUUCGCAACUGCUGUUGUCGUACAGAACCUGCAAGAUGACGACGGUUCGGACAUUGGCGAUUACGCGCCAUUACCCAGGCGACAAGGCGUGCCACAUGAUCGCGACCACGAACGUGACAAGACAGCGCUGUUUUUCCCGACAUUGGAAAAAGUCGCUGGCGGUGGGCAGCCACGUAUUUCAUCGCUGUUUAUCAGAAAGUCCAUGUAUACGGCCUAUUUUGGUCAGCCCCCGUCGACAAUCAAAUGCGUUCGUGAUAACGAAGCUGGGGUAUCCGGGUACGAUGUGGCCAUGAGAGAUCGACCCUCGAUGCCGACUUAUGAUGCACUUCCUGGCCGAGUGGAGCUGACUAUGUCCAUGGUCCGACGUGGGUUGCGCUCCGAUUUUAGUUCCACUGGAGAUCGAAGUCCCGUGACUGAAAUCGAGCCACGGCCGAGACAUACAACUCAAGAGCUGGAUGACCAAGUGAGGCUUGACCAGCUCAGAAACCUUGUUGCCGCCGAACAGGAUACGCUGCGUUUGCUUGCCCAAGAGGAAAAGGAACGCGUUGCCCGGCUCGAACAGCUUGCGAAGGACGAAGAGGCAGCCCAAGCGAGACUUGACGUGUUGCUCCAAAACUUGUACCAGCAGGAGCGUAAUCUACCGAGCGAAUCGCCUUCUGGACAGCACCUGGAUGACCCAGUGGCUGAGGUGAUGAGAGCCGAUGAUCGUUCCAACGAGCAGUCAGAGCAACGUUCAGUACUGGCGGAUGCCAAAGGUAACAAGAGGACGACGGCCUUUGCCUUUGAAAGGCUUAUGAAGGGGCACGGCCAUGGUGACAGAGCCGUGGCGAAGGGUAACGCGGACAGGAUACACAUAGAAUUCAAGGAGUUACAUACCGAUGGCGAGCUUCACACCACCGACAGACUUGACGUUGCUCUUUCCGACCCAUCACAGGUGGAGCGUAUCGCGGGAAAGUACGCGAGGAAGGGGUUUAUGUUAUUUGAUGUGCACAACAAGAAUUUGCAAGCCAAAUCAUGUUUCAAGCACGUGGUAAGUAAUGGGACUCAUGUCAUCGUGCUAAAACCUUCAUCAAGAGUGAAUGUGAUAGAGGCGGAGAAAACAGUUUUCUGUGGACAAGGUGGUACGAAGCCGACGAAGCGGCAUGGCAUAGCAGAAUAAAAUAGCAAGCCCACUUGCUUCAGCAUAGAGUAUAACAUGAGCAUCUGCACAAGAG